CCCCGGGCUGCUGGGAGGCGGGGGACCGAGGCGCGCUCCUUCCCACCCGGCCCCUCGGACGCGCCGGGACUCGGGGGCUGCUCGCUCAGCUGCCCAGGCACAUGAUGUCCAAACUGCGGGUGUCCCGUGCGGGGCUUGGGUUGCUGCUGGGAGCAGCAGCAGGGAUCGGAUUCUUGUAUGUGUUCUACAAGCAGAGGCGGAAACAGCCCUGGUGGGGACGCGGCUCCAGGGACUCUCGGGUUCAGCGCAUGCAGAACUCUGUGGGGCCCCAUGAAACCGCAGAAUCCCUGGCACACAACCAGGUUCUGCUUAUAAGACAAGCACCAUUGGAGGCUGGUGAUGGCAUUACGUACACAUCUCUUUUAACACGAGAAGAGCAGGUGGAAGUGCUGAAUCGUCUGGACUUUGUGCUGAAAAACAUUAUAGACCUACGAAGAGAAGUGGAGGAGCUGAAGAACAGCCUGCAGAGUUUAGCUGGGGAGAUCAUUGGAGAAGUCAGGUCCCACCUGGAAGAAGCCCAGAAGGUAUCUCGGCGGAGACGGUACAUGUUUCCUAGAGAGAGGAGUGAUUCCACAGGGUCUAGCUCAAUUUAUUUCACGGCCAGCUCAGGAACUGCCAAUACAGAUGAUGGUGAAAGUGAGGGAGGGUAUACCACAGCCAAUGCAGAGUCUGAUUAUGACCGGGAGUCAGAAAAAGAGAGUGAGGAAGGGGAAGAUGAAGUGAGCUGUGAGACAGUGAAGACUGCACGGAGGGAUUCACUGGAUCUAGUCAAUGAGGAUGAAACCGUUUUGAUCUUUGAUUCUACAGUGGAAGAGGAACUUGGUCAGCUGCUGCAGCAGGCUGACCAAUUACAUCAUGGGACUAACCAAGAGAAGAGAGACGGAUUCCAGCUGCUGCUUAACAAUAAAUUGGUGUAUGGAGACCAGCAAGAUUUUCUUUGGCGCUUGGCUCGAGCAUACAGUGAUCUGUAUGAAAUCACAGAGGAUGUAGAUGAAAAGAAAUCAUAUGCUUCUGAUGGGAAAGAAGAGGCAGAGGCAGCCCUACAGAAAGGGGAACAAAGUGCUCAGUGUCACCAAUGGUAUGCUAUUCUUUGUGGCCAGUUAGCAGAACAUGAAAGUAUUCAGAAGCGUAUUCAAGCUGGCUAUGUUUUUAAGGAACAUCUUGAUAAAGCAAUUGCCCUGAAACCAGAUGAUCCCAAGUCUUACUAUCUUCUGGGAAGAUGGUGUUACCAGAUCUCUAAUCUGGGAUGGCUUGAAAGAAAGGCUGCUUCUGCUUUAUAUGAAACACCCCCUACAGCCACUGUCCUUGAUGCUCUGCAGAACUUCUUAAAGGCUGAAGAGCUGAGUCCAGGAUUUUCCAAAGCAGGAAGGGUAUACAUUGCUAAGUGCUACAGAGACGUAGGGAAUAAUUCUGCAGCUGUUCACUGGAUGAAUUUGGCUUCAGAGCUGCCAGUUAUCACAAAUGAGGAUGAAAAAAUCAAGAGAGAGAUGGAGGAGCUGCAAGGAAUCUCAGAAGAAUAAAUAUUUGAGCCCCAGUCCUCUAACUGUGUGUGGACAGUACAAAUUCCAGUCUAAAGGAUUUCACAAUCCAGAUAACUGGAUUGGGCUUCAUGGGCAAACCACAGUGUUUACAAAGAACAAACCAAACUGCAGUUUCAACAGCACUUCCCUGAGGAUUUUAAUCUUGGCAGAGACUAAGACUAAACUCUAAAUCUGUUCGUCUGCCUGCCUGCUACACCAGAUAUAGUUCAAUGAAUCCAGCACUUGACCUUUUUAGUGCAGCAGUGAUCAACUUGAUUGGAUUUUAAUUGAUUCCGCUAAACUUUUGAUUUUCACAUUCAUUCACCUAAACCUUCCAAGUAAUAUUUAUUAUUCAGUUUCCACGGGGAGAGGACAUAAAUAUGUAAAGUUCAAGAUGCGAUGUGAUCCUAUUUAAUAAAAAGUCACAGGUAUGGUCUAGUGUGUCAUGGAGGCAGGGAAUCAACAGCUACCCUGUGUUUCUCUGAAGGUAGUGACAGCCAUUUCUAAUAGGCAUAACUGAGGGUGUCAAUUUUUCCUUCCAGCUGAGCUCUGUUUGCUUGUGGCUUUUUCAAAAGAGGUUUCAGCAGUUGAGAAUCCAGGGUGGUCAUGGCAACCCACUUUCAGUACUAACACUGAUAAAAUGCGGGCCUGAUAUUUGCACAGAGGCUCCAACGAGGUACCAGGGUAAAGCCACUGUAGUUGGUGUCUCAUUUUACAUUGGUUCUAGCUGUCUGCUGUCCUGAAGACAGUGAAACAUUCUUAUUUUCCAUUACACUUAUGGCUUGAAGUCGAAAGUGACACUAGAUCGUAAGAAAAGACAGUUACUAAGAAACCAUAAUACCAAAGGCAAGAGUUUUUGUUCAGCCCGCCCUCUCUCCCCCAUUUUCUGAAAACAUCAGUGAUGUCCAGACCCCUUUGCAAAUUCAUCUGGCUAGUUAGUGGUUUUAGUCAUCAAGGUGAAACCAGCAACACUCAUCCGCUUAUGCGAGGAGGCUAACAUCAAGGACCAAUGUCUCAUAAUAGUCUGUGAUAAAAUCUUAAACUUGGAACACAAACUGGAUUUUCUCCACUCACCAAAAAUGCUAAUCCUUUAAUCGAGAUGGACACUUCCAGAUUUCUUAAUUAUGAAACAUGGACAUCUUCUGCACUCCUCUAAAUCUUACCUACCUGAUGUAAACAACGAAGUUCAGCAGUUGCAGAGGCUAGCUGUAAUCUUUAUGAAGUACUUGCUGCAGAAAGAGAGGAACCACAUGGCAAAAUUGACAGUUCCAAGCAGUGUCUUUCUACCUAAUUCUGCCAGUUAAUGAAUUCAAAGUAUAAGCAAAAUGACACUUUGAAUGGGGGGCGGAGGGAGAAUCAAGCUAACCACUAAUAUUUGUUCCAGAGAGCAGAACAUUUUUUUCUUCCUCUUAACGCUUUUCCAGAGGGCAACACAACUUAACCUUGUUCUAUGCACAGCAGUUUCACGCAGGAUUCUAAUUGGACUUCCUCUUACAUUUCUAAUUUAUUUUAGCUAGCAACUAUCUGUGUGUGGGCAUUAAAUACUUUUUUACAUAUUGUAUAAUAUGUCUGAUUUGCUGUAAAACGGGAUUACGAAAAUAUUCAUUUAAGUUGAUUAUGCAUCCUGUAAUAGAAAAUGAGAUCUGAUUGCCUUUCUUUACCACAUAAACAUACGUACUAAGGGAACAUUUAUUUGGGGAGGGGGAGACACUUUGGCUAAGUUUUCUCUAGUCUAGCUUCAUCAUAGCUUCGAUGAGGCCUUUUGCAGUUAGCUUUCCCACGGAUCUGAAGUUCUCUUAUAAGCUCUCUGAGUCCUUGCCUACUGAGUUGCAUUCCCAAGCAGGGGAAAUGCUUCCAGCGUCCAGUCCAAGUUGGGAAGGAGGAGGGAGCAGUUUGAGCCCUGCUGUAUUUCCCAGGUUCCUCGGGACUCAUUUUAAGCCUGGAGAGGAGAUAUGACACCCUGCAAGUUUCACCUCCUUGUUCUUCAGGUGUCCUUAGGACUUACCCUAGUCAGUUCGCUACGUUGUCCUUUUCAUCUUCGCAGCCCCUCUCAGUUCUGCCCUGCCCAGAAACAGCUGGUCUAUAGUCCCACAGUAGAUGCAGCAGCUCUGGUAGAUUGGGGAUGCUGCAUGCUUGUCUGACGAGAUAAGUACCAAGGGAGUUUAUCCCAAGUCACAGCUGCAGCACGCUUUGGAUUUUAUACUGUGGAUUUUAGGCUACCCUGUCAUCCCAAAAAGGAACAGAGGAGCCAGGAGGAAAGUGCUGCAACAGAGGCUAUGGGUGGGUUGCAAUACUUGAAUAAAAACUGGACUGGGAGGUGGAGAGGCCUUGAGAGGAAAACCACUGAUCACUGCUGUCCCCCAAAAACCCUUUUGGUAGAUAAAAGGCAGGAGCACUGAAGCUACUGCCCCAUGGACAGAAUGGCAAAUCUCCAAAUAGUUAACUGUUUUAACAUGCUCUGGAAGAGAAGACUUUAGAAUUAUUCAGGUUUUGAAGGCAUGGACCCACCGAGAAUAUUUUAGUUAAGAUUAUAUCUACUUGUUUGUAAGUAGAUAUUAGAAUACAGUUACAAUUGGAAAUUGCCAAUUGAGCUAGUUGGUGGCUUUCAGACUUUGGUUCUGGUUAUUCCUUUCACAUCUGAGUGUGAUCCUUAUAAAUUAAAAACACUUUUUAAAUAUAUUUAAUACCAUUACAGAUGCUUGAGACAAAGUAGGGUUUGGGAUGAGGCUGACCAUUUGUGGACUUCCAUUCCAUGUAGUAACUUUGCAGCCCCCUAAACAGUCCCAAAACCCAGUCUGAAAACCCCUGAGCUAGGUGAAAUGAGAUUGAGCACCUAAUUAACUGUCCCUUUCUACUCCCUUAGCAUUCAUUUUGGAUGGAUGGUAUUUGAAUGUUUGAGCAGUUGGCCAAGUCAUGCUUCUACUCAAAACUGAUGGCAAAACUCUUGUUAAAUAGGAGUAGGAUUGGGGUGUUUGCAGAGCAUUCUUCUUUGUUACAUAGAAUAGCUCCUCAGGUAACCAAGGAGUAGAUCAGUUCCUUGUAUGUCCCUGGGAUUUGCUAUAGUUGAUGUGGAGACUUGCACAAAUGUGGGGAGCUAAAGGUUAGGCAGGUCCUGGAUCGAUGUUAAUACAAAAUCUGAGAAUUGUUCCCUUACACACAUACCACUAGUUGACAGUUUAAUUGGGUCUGUGGAGUACUUGAUGGAAGACCUUGGGAAAAAGACAUAUUGAGUUAAACACCUUCAGCUAUGAGAGUUAAAAUGUCUUCAUUGAAUAGGGGUGGGGAAAGGACAGUAAUGAGUAAGUUCUUUCCUCUUUUUGACAUUGUAAUGGGUCUCUAGUUAGAUUACUUCAAGUGACAAAUGGUGUCUUCUCUUUGCCCCUCCUUUCAUCCCUCUAAUUCUUGUUUGUGAACAUUUACUCUGGGCUUUCUAUGUAUUUGGCUUCCUGCUUCAGUUGCUUGCAUUUUUGUUUGUGUGGGGGCAGAGGAGUUGGGUUUUUUAAGUAGACUUCCAUUUGUUUUCUGUAAAUAAAGAUUUUAUAGCCUGGAA